AAAUUCUUAAUCUCAGAUUUGAAGAAACCACAGGGUGUGAGAUAGAUCGUUCCAGGUUUUAAUUCGGAGGUGAUUUAACAGAUUUUAGGAGCUUAAAUUGGAUUUGAUUGCUAAUGGAGCAGAGUUCAGCCUCAGGGAUACCAAAGAAUCCUGACAAGUUUAUUAAUGAUGUUUUGAAUCAUGGUGAGCAUUCUGCGGUUUUUCGUGUUAAUACUAAAAUAACCAUAGAAGAAUUGAAGCAUUUAGCAUGCAAGCAGUGGAGGUCUUUGUCCCCUGGGAGUAUAUGUUUCAGCUAUAUGGACAAUGCUCAAGUAGUUUUUGUGACAGAUGAUAUACAACUACAAAUCUUAAUUGGUUUCAUGAUUCUUAUUGAUAAUGAAGAUGUGUAUUUGCGUGUGGGUAUGAUUCCGAAUCAUACUUCUCGUUCUAAGUCUGGUUGUAGCAGAAGUUCUGGUUCUAAGUCUGGUUGCAGCAGUAGUUCUGGUUCUUGUUCUAAGUCUUCUUGUGAAACUGAAAGUCCUAAGAUGGUAAGGGUGUUAGAUCAUGAUGCAGACAAGGGGAAGCCUCUUAUUAUCGAUGAAUGGAAUUAUGUAUUUGACGAGAUUGGUAGAGAAUUCAUGGGUGGUGUUAAAGCUAUUAGGAUUGCUCUCGAUAAGUACAAGAUGGCUACUGGUCACAAGAUUGUUCUUCUUAAAAAUGACACAACUCGUUUUACUGCAAAAUACGAAGAAGAUGGUUGUGCUUGGAGGAUUCACUUUGGGCCUGUGAAUGGUGAUACUUCUCGGUUCGUGAUGAAAGAUUCUAACGCUCACAAGUUAGUGGUUUUCAUACUAGUCCACAUUACUUAUGUUUAG